AGUUAUGGCCGAGUUGCCAGUCAGUGUGUCAGCAACUGUGGCCCAGUGAAGUACAUCGGACAGUGAAACGCGUGUGCAGAGGAGAAAAAGAAAGGGAAAAAUUGUUGUAUAACAGAGAAAGUGUUUCUCCUGUUCCAUCAUUGCGAAUUCCGCGGAGCGCGUGAAGAAGAUACGGGUGUAAUGAUCAUGCCAACAAAAGCAGAGGAAAUAAGAAACUUCAUGAUGUGGACAAUCUAAAGUUCUUCUUUGGUGUUAGAUUUCAAACUAUGUGUAUGAAUAUUUAAUUUACAAUUGUGAUGAGAGUUAUCGUAAAACUUUUAGUACUUAACUAAUACCGGCUCGUUGUUUACGUUUCUUGGGGGUGUUUAUCUUUGAAAUCCAAAUUCUUUCUUAAACAUCGGCGUGUGAUGUUCAAUACGUAAACGUACUUAAAUUAAAAUAUGACAUAUAUUUAACGUAUGAUAUUGGACGCGAAUAUAUGCUCAUUGAAGCCACGUUUGGACAGUAUUAAGGAACAGGCUUCACGGAGUCGAAGUAGAAGACUUAAUGGAAUGAAAGUCUAAUUGUCCCAAUUAAUUAGGGCAUAUCCAACUAACUGGUAGGUGCCGAACAAUACACACAUCUUGUAAUAGUGAGGAAGGAAAAUUAAAAGCAUGCUGAAGCAAGGCUUGUGCACGAAAAGUUGGACUACAUUACAUGUAAUGGAAUAAUAGUGUUAGUAUUUCUUUUGGGCGUAUUACGACAAGUUCUUAUUUAACAAAGAAGGAAAAGAAUAAACUUCGUUGGAUUCGUGAGUCCGGUAAAAUAUUUUAUACGUAGAUAAAAAGACAGAAAAGCGUUCACAUAGGAUAAACGUGUUCCGAACCGUUGAGUGUAUAUUCUUCAAGAACAAGCAAAGAACAUGCGUCUGUAGAGAAUAAAGAGCUUCCAACCAUUAUGCAGUACCACGUUCUGACAGACACCAUUUGUAAGAACCAGUGAUCACCACAGCGUGUAAUUCAUUGGCAGAAGAGAUUUCCUCGCGGCACCACCUGACUGACCUCUGUCUCCGGAGCAAGACAUGGCGGCUAUGGCAGUGUGCGGGCUGUUCGCGUCCAUCUUGCUGCUGCUUCUGCGCAUGGGCACAGUUCUCAGCGCCUCAAGUACGGUUCACCUUCACAUGAGCACAGACGAUCUGCGGAGAGUAUUUCAAGUCGAGAGCCACGACGAAGUGCCUGAGUACGAGGUGAUCCAAGUGCACUCUGUAACGAAGAGGGAUGCCCGGACUGAUGACGAUGGAGGCGGCGGGUCAAUACAGACGGAGCCACCGCCUCCGACAAACGGCUCGUUGCAUCGUCUGAAGCUCACGGCGUUCGGAAACGAUGUCAAUCUGAAACUGCAGCGUACUGAGGGUCUUUUCACUGGCGGGACCCUCAGGAUGUGGACGGCUGAGCCCAACUCCACCCAGGCUCAGGAUGUGGAGUACCGUGAACUACCGCAGAAUGACGAUAUUGGAGACGUGUACCAAGACGAGGACAACAUGGCCGCACUCCUGGUCCACAGGGACGCCAAGAAUGGAGGACUGCUUGUGGAGGGGACAAUUGGACAUGACUUGGUGGUGAAGCCAGUGCCGGCCAGUGUGCAGCAGCACCUAGACAAGCAGCCACUUCACUCAGAACAUGGCGAUGAUGAGAUGUUCCUGGAUGAAGAUGGGGAGCACAUACAGGAGGAUGUCGUUGUUGACUCAGGCUUUCCACUCAGGAGGAUACGAAGUACAAAGCCACAGCAGCAUAUAGUCUACAGGCGGAGUAGUGCCCACAAUGAAGAACUGGAAUCCAGUGACUACGCAUUCAUGGAACCAGAUCAUGUAGCCAAGAAAUUCCGUCUUAAAAGAUCAAUAAGUAAACGAGAAGCUCCAUACGUCAUCUACCCAGAAAUUUUAGUCAUUGUGGACUAUGAUGGAUACAGACUACAUGGAGGAGAUAAUGUACAAAUCAAGAGAUAUUUUGUCUCAUUUUGGAAUGGAGUUGACCUGAGGUACAAAUUACUGAAAGGUCCAAAAAUUCGCAUCAGUAUAGCAGGAAUUAUUAUUUCACGGGGCCGUGAUGCAACACCAUACCUGGAGCGGAAUCGAGUGGGACGAGAUGCUAUUGAUUCAGCAGCAGCUCUCACCGACAUGGGGAAGUACCUGUUCCGAGAGAGGAGGCUUCCUGUUUACGACAUUGCUGUGGCUGUCACUAAAUUAGACAUGUGCAGGAGACAGUAUGCUAAUGACGUAUGCAACAGAGGCACUGCAGGUUUUGCAUAUGUUGGUGGUGCAUGUGUUGUCAACAAAAGGCUGGAAAAAGUCAACAGUGUUGCCAUCAUUGAGGACACUGGUGGUUUCUCAGGAAUCAUUGUUGGAGCUCAUGAAGUAGGACACUUGUUGGGGGCUGUCCAUGAUGGCUCCCCUCCUCCAAGUUACUUGGGAGGACCUGGAGCAGAGAAAUGCCGAUGGGAAGAUGGUUAUAUCAUGAGUGAUCUCCGUCACACAGAGAAAGGGUUCAGGUGGUCACCUUGUAGUGUAGCAUCUUUUCAUCAUUUUCUGAAUGGUGAUACAGCAACAUGCCUAUACAACUCGCCUCAUGAAGACGAAUCUCUGCCCCGUGUUCUUCCAGGCAAAUUACUAACCCUUGAUGCUCAGUGCAGAAAGGACAGAGGAACAAGUGCUUGUUUUAAAGAUGAUCGAGUGUGUGCACAGCUGUUCUGCUUUGAUGCAGGGUCAGGUUACUGUGUGGCAUAUAGGCCAGCAGCAGAAGGAUCUCCCUGUGGUGAUGGACAGUACUGCCUGAAUGGACGCUGUGUGGCAGAACAUGAGAACAUUAUACCAGAUUACUCACAGAAUACUCCUUCAUACCUGAGGCGCAACGAUGCUGAUUCUGCUGCCACACAGACACGACCUGUCUAUGCACAGCCUCCUAAUGGCACUUCACAGAGGUCACCAUUGGAUGAAUCCUGGAGUAAAGGAAGCACAACUACACCUAUUCCCUCACCAAUUCCUAAUAAAUAUAUAAAUAAUUAUCACAAUAACAAUAAUAAAGGUGAUUCAUAUUACAGCAGCACAAUCAGCACAACAAGAAACCCCUAUGCCUUUAACCAGUAUUAUACACAAUCAACAAGUACAACUAAAACCCCUUAUUCAUUCAAUGUCAAUCAAUUCUCAACAGCAAAAACACCAUUUGUCUUCAACAUACAUGCCUCUUAUUCCACAACAAGAAAUCCAUAUGACUUCAGUAACAAUAAAUACACAUCAACAAAAAAUCCUUAUGAUUUUGGUAACCUGAAUCACUACACAAGCACUAAGAACACUAACAGUCAGACUUCUGGGUCAACCAAAUUUUCCUAUAAUUACUUCAACCAGUAUCACUCAAGCAGCACAACAAGAAGUCCAUAUGCAGGACUCAGUUAUUUUUCAACUGCUAAAUCUGAAUAUACAUCUAAUUCUGUUUAUAAAUUAUCAUAUAAUAAUUAUAAUGUAUUUACAACCCCAUCAACAACCACCGCCAAGAAAAUCCAACCCCAUUAUAUUUCCUCAGCUACACAAAACUCACCAUCUAUUAUCAACAACACGAAUGUAGAAGCUUCAGUUUAUAAUGCGGCAGACACUGAUGAAUGUAUGGACAGAGUAGCCAACAUUAGUGGAAGCAUGACCUGUCAUGAGUUCCUCACUCACUAUGGCUUCCAGUACUGUGCAUACAAGUACAUGCAGCGCAACUGUUGUGCAUCGCAGAGAGCUGUAUGUGUGCCUGCUGCCAAGCAAAAAUGAACAUCGUCUUUUUCUUAUCAAUGGAUUCCUUUGGUUGUCACCAUAAUCGGUCAUAUGUCCUAAACUGCAGAGUCUUGAAUCCACCAGAUCCAUGAUAUUCUGGAUGACAAUCAAAUGUGAAGUGACUCAGUAAGAUACAGAUAGAUUCUGCAUAUGUGCCUGAAUUUUAGCUGUAAUUUUUAUCUCAAAGGAUACAAAUUGUGUUGUUAGGUAUCUACCUGAUGAUGGAAUAAUUAUAAUAUUCUUCUUUAAGUGGAUCCCUAAAAAUAAUUUUUCAUGUUGAGAGCUAUCAACAAAUAUUAAACAUAUUUAUGAAUAUAAGACAAUACAAACCUGCUAAGAAUUUCUGAUGAAACACAAAUGUGAUAAAAUGAUGCCAAAUCAUUAUCCUGUAAAGUGUCCUUGACACAUGAAGUCUUGUUCAGAACACAAAUAUACGUUUCAUGAUUAAAAUGUUUAUGGAAAGACACUCAGAAAUACGUUAUUCACAGCAAUUUUGUCAGGAACCAAAAAACCUUCAUAAAUAAAUGGUUCCUGGAUUUAAGAAUAGAAUGUGUGUGAACAUAUCAUAUGUGCACGAUAGCUUGUCAAAUAGUAAUGGUGUAAGCCGUUUGGAAGUGGGGAGGAUAUUAAUAAAAAGGCAGAUAUUUUGGGGAAGAAUAUUCCCUUGAAGGUGAUAUAUGUAUGAAGCUGGUAGACUAACCUGAUCUCAAUGAAUGAGAUAACUGCCAGCAGUGGCUUUCCUAAAAUAAUUGUUACUGAAUUUAUUCAAGAAGCUUUCACAUAUUGCAUUAAACUUAAUGUAGUAUUCAAUAUGCAACUGUGAUAGAAGAAAUCAGUAUCAGGUUAUUGCACCAAUAUGAGGCAACUGAUAAACAAUAGAAGUUAAACAUGUUCUGUGAUAUUCACAUUACCCAUUAACAUCACAAGAAACAUUUCAGAGAUGAAGAAAGAAUAUUACUGCCAUGUUACAACACCGUUACACUACUAGUAUUGGUACUACAUGGCACAUCAAUGUUGCUUCUCAUAAGCAACAUAACAUAUGUCCUUGUGCCAGUGUAGAUAAAUAUUAAUCUGUGGAAAAUAAGUGUCAUAUCAGUAGUUGUAAAAGUGGUAAGUAUUCUGGAAGUUGUGACACUCAUAUACUAAUCUAAAGUGAAGAAAAAAUCAUACAAUUCUCUGAAUUUGAUUUUCUUAUGAGUAGGAGGAAAGUGAAGUGUAAAGUGUAAGGGAACUGAGUUGCAACUAUACGAAUAGAAAUGACUAUUACAACAUGUGACAAUUACAGUCUAUUUACCAUCAAAUUAUCUUGACAGUAAGAUAACAAAAUCCAUGUAGGCAGUAGAAAUAUCUCUUUGAAAUGAUUUGUCAUUCCUUUUCUUAUAAAUUUUAAUCAUUUCGACACAAAAUGAAAUUUAAGUGAAAUGAGCUGCAGAUGUGGCAAAAUGUGGCAACGACCACUCAACAUGGAAACCUAAUUUUGGUACAAGGCAUAUAAAAGUAUUCCUUCUAAGAUUAACAGAGAUGAUAGAAACAGGUGAAAUGGCAAUUAAUGCUGAGGGUUUAUUAUGCAUGCACAAAAGAAUAGACUGUGUGCAUUGGUUGCUUCAUCCUACUGACCAAUAACUGUUCCAAUUAUGUGCAAUUUCAUAAAAUCAAACAACUGCAGAAAAUGUGUAUUGGUAGAUGUACUCUGAACACAUUCCACAUUAAAUUAACCAGUCUGGAAUUAUAGUUCAAACAGCAGCAUAUUACAAACCAUGUUCUUAUACCUGAAACCCCAUGAGCAAUGUGAAGAGAAAUGGGGAAUGAAAACAAAUUUAGAUUAUAUGCUGGUGAUCAAAAUUAUGGAGUUAUACAGUAUGUAUGACAGUAAAACAUGUUGAUCAUCAUCAAAGAGCCGUUUUUCCUGCUCCAAGCUGAAGGAGCUUAAAUUAUAAUGAUUAAGGUAAUUAAAUACUUUAAUUGCUUUAAAUUAAAAGUUAUUUCUGUAAUGCUAUGUAUUUUGUAUGCGUACAUGAAUGUGUGUAUAUGUGUGUGUAAAUAUUCAUGUUUAAAAUAUUGUUGUAAGGUAUUUAUGGAUCUUAUUGUUAGCUUGGGUUUCUAUUAAUAGAUUGAGCUAGAAAGCAAAACAAUUACGGACAUUUAAAAAAUUCAAAACAUUGGAGUGUUAAUCAAGAAUGUCUGGAAUGCUCUAGAGAUAAAACUUUUAAGUAAAUUGAAUUGCUCCUCUUCUGCUACCUGUGCAUAAAUAAAUCAGGUUAUUUCAACCUACUGUAAAGAUUCCUCUUGCUUUAUAUUCCCUGUAAGUGAAUCUACAAUUUAACUUGUACAUUUCAAGUAGCAAAGAACAUACUUGACAUUUUUCAGAUCUAA